AACAACAAUAAAAUAAUUAAGUAAUAAAAGAAACUCCUCUUUACUCUCAAACACUCUUCUUCACCGCUCUGGUCUUUUUCCGGGCACCGAUCAGUCCAGGGUUUUUCCUCCUUAAUAUUUCCUUGUGCCUUUUUCUUAAAAAAAUCGCCCAACUUUCGUCAUUUCGUCGAUAGACUACACUGAAUUGAUGGUAGAAGGCGGUGGUGGCGGCGGCGGCCCGGACCCAGGCUCCGGUCCAAAACCCGCCGCAGUGAUGGAAUCAGCCGGCGGCCGCAUACGCUUCAGGGUGGAGCUCAGGCCGGAGGAAACUACAUUUGUUUCGUGGAAAAAGCUUCUCAAAGAAUCCAAUUUAAGUGAUUCCACCUGCCCCGGGCAAUUGAACUCGGGCUCUUCUAGUUCCGGCAAAGCCCCGGAGCGUCCAACUUCGCAGGCAAUGCCUCCGUCUCUUACCGUGGUGCCUUGUUCGUCUAAGCAACCAGCAGUGAAUGAGCAGAAGGAUCGGCAGGGGCAAUCUGGGUCGAACCGCUUGAGCUCAGUGAUCGAGAGAAUUGAGCGCUUGUAUGCGGGCAAUGGGAGUAGUGACGAUGAAAAUGUCGGUCUGGAUGAUGUGCCUGAUGAUGAUGAGUAUGAUACAGAGGAUUCUUUCAUUGAUGAUACUGAGUUGGAUGACUAUUUCCAGGUUGAUAACUCAACAAUUAAGCAUAAUGGGUUUUUCAUUAACCGUGGGAAGUUGGAGCACAUUGAACCACCACCAGCAUCCACAACUAGUCAGCCAAAAAAGAGGAGACAUAAAGAUUUGGAGAGAGGUCAAGGAAGGAGUGAUGAUGGACAUAUUGCAAGUAAAAUUGUGAAAGUAGGAAAUAAAGGUAACAGAACACCCUUUUCUUAUCACAGAAACUUAUCUAGUGGGCCACACAUUGUGGCUGGGACAAACAUGCAUGGUGAGAGUAUGCAAUGGCUGUCUUCUUCUGCAAAUACUCAUGAAGUUUCAUCAGCAGACAAAACUGCAGAAAAUCGAACUACAGUGGAUCUUUCUGGACUAUCAAAUGGUGGAGCCAUUAUAAAAAGCACUUAUUCUAAUCAGCAGAAACCUGAAGUUUCCUCAUCUAAAAAGUGGAAAGAGAGUAACAAUCAAGAUAGUUCGACACAGAGGUCAAAUAAGAAAAGUACACAUGUAAACAAAUCCUACUCUGGAAAACAACCAAACAAUGCUGAUGAUCUCAACCAGUCAGUUAAGCCAAAAGAAAAAGGUGGAAUUGUUGAAACAUUGGACCUUUCUGUUGCUGCAAACAGGGAUACCUUGCCAACUACGAGAAAAGAAGGAUCAAGUGUUCGACCAAAACAUACGGAUCUUGAGAAGGCCAUUAGAGAGUUAGAUAAGAUAGUUGCAGAAUCUAGGCCACCCUCUACCGAAGUCCAAGAUCCUGACAAUUCAUCUCAUGCAGUCAAAAGGAGGUUGCCACCUGAAGUAAAGGAGAAGCUGGGCACAGUUGCUAGAAUAUUGCGAGCGAAUGAUGGAAAGAUCCCUAAAGAUAUAAUCAAUCGUCUGAUGGGUAUUGUUGGCCACCUUGUGCAAGUUCGGACUCUAAAGAGAAAUCUUAAAUCUCUUGCUACUUCUGGAUUAUGUGCUAAACAAGAGAAGGAAAAUAAAAUGCGAAAGAUAAAACAAGAAGUUGUGGAGAUGGUAAAGCUACAAAUCCCAUAUGUGAGAUCAAAAAAUGGGCCACAAGCUGAAAAUUCCAUUGAUAUUCAAGGUGUUCCAGAAGAUAAUAAAGUCUUGAAACGGAAAUACAAAAUGGAUUAUGCAUUGGAAGAUAAGAUUUGUGAUUUAUAUGAUCUGUAUGUGGAGAGACUGGAAGAAGAUUCGGGUCCACCAAUCAGAAGGCUGUAUGAUGAGCUUGUGUCGAUGUGGCCCAGUGGAGUCAUGGAUAUAAAUGGAAUUAAACGCGCUAUAUAUAGAGCAAAAAACAGGGGGAGAUCUUCCAUCCUUCAAAAGGAUCAUGAGAAAAUAAAGAAGAAGAAAAAAGCAUCGCCGGCAAAGGCAGAACGAGCCCCCAUUGUUACUGAGGCACCAAAGCUGUUACCAGAUUCUGAAGGUCCAGAUGCAGGUGUAGCUGCCGCUCAUGUUCCUGUGACCUUUACAAGGGACCGUGCCAUUGACAAGACUAGGAAAAAAAAGGCCCGGAUCGAUGCAGCACCAUCAAAUUCAUUGCCAAAAAAGAAACAGAAAAGGAAGCCAAAUGUGGAUGGUGCUGCCGGUGGUCUGGUGGCUGAUGGGAAGUCCAAACACCAUAAGAAGAAAGUUGUUCCUCCUCGCUCCAAGCAAACCCUUCUUCCAGCCUGACUGACAUACAUAACCAGAGAAGAUUAUAAUGAAUGACAAGGACAUACCGUAGCAUAUACAGACAUACAUACAUAAUUACAUAGUUCUGAGCAGACUAGACAUGCACCUAUUUUAACCUCAGAUUACAAUUUGAUAGGAAGCUUACUGGUAAGCAACUUCUGUGAUUAUUUGUAACUGACGAAUGAUUUUUAUUUAUGUUGUUAGGAGUAGACUGUAGGUUAGUUAAA